GAACCGAUCCCGUCUUCCAGUACCAAUUGUGUCGUGAAACGCCACAUAACAAUGUAGUCUUUAAGUCCGCGUUAAUGCCUUCGUUGUUAUGUUCGAUACUUAUUUGGCCAUUGUAUAUAAAACUGCACUUUAUUAAUGAUUCGUGUCAGGCUACAUUCGACUCGCCACACAAUGAGCUUCUCAGGCUAGCUUAGCUUGCUAGUUAGCUUAGCUUGUUAGCUGCUAACAAAGAGACGUGGAUUAUAUUAACACGUCGCUAAGCAGAGAUCAGAUAGGAGAACGAGUGACAACAUCAACUACUGGACGCUGUUUUCAAGAAACCUCGAGUUGUGUUUACGCAGGACAGACGUCUCCCUUAACGUCAGGAGUGGACCUCCGGGAUGGAGCAGGAAAAGCCACGGCCCCCAUACGUGAAGAAGGAAGAGGAGGAGCACACCCAUAUUAAGGAGGAAAAACAAGAGCCACAGCAUCCCUACAUUAAAGAGGAGGAAGAGGAUCACAGCAUCAGUCAGGGUGAGCUUGAAGAACUGGAGGACGACCAAGUCAUCCGUGUCAUUGUGAAGAGUGAAGAUGACGAGGUCAAAUGUGAAAGUGAGGAGGAGAGAGAGGCGGAGCCUCCAAGCAGCAGCUCAACUCAGCACAUGACAACAGAAGACCACUCUGGAGGAUCACAAGCAGACGAGCUCUUAGCUCCACUGUCAGAUAUUGACGACACAACGUCACACUCUCCUGACACUGAAGAUGAAGACUCUGAAGUUGACACGUGUCACACUGACAACACACACUUUAAAUGUUGUCACUGUGACAAAACUUUUAAUCACCAUUGUCGUCUGAAAACACACAUGAGGAUACACACCGGAGAGAAACCGUUCACGUGUUCAGUUUGUAGUAAAACAUUCUCUCAGAAGCAGCAUUUAAAAAGGCACACAAGAAUACACACCGGUGAAAAACCUUUUAUCUGUUCAGUCUGCAAUAAUGGUUUUACGCAGAGGCAGCAUCUGAAAAUACACAUGAGAAUACACACCGGUGAAAAGCCUUAUUCUUGUUCAAUCUGCGGUAAAGGUUUUGUACAAAGUAAAUAUUUGAAAAUACACAUGAGAAUACACACCGGUGAAAAACCCUUUUCCUGUUCAAUCUGCGGCAAAAGUUUUAUACAAAACAAAUAUUUGACAGUGCACAUGAGAACGCACACCGGCGAAAAACCAUAUUCCUGUUCGAGCUGUAACAAAAGCUUUUGUGACCCGUCAGCACUUGUAGCACACGUGAAAACACACGCUGGUAAGAAAGUGCUGAGUUGCAGUGUGUGUGGAGAAAGAUUCUCUUUUAAGUACCAGUGUAAGAAACACAAGUGUGCUGGUGAGAACAGCAGCAGCAAAUGAAGCUGCAGGAUUUUAAAUAAACUGUCAAGGCUUU